CAGGAAGUAUGUUGUCGGAGCGGCGGCAGAAAGGGAAAAGAGCCAAGAACCAAAAGUCGGUGGCUGAGCAGCGGGAGGAGAGAUAAACCAUGCCUAAUCCGUGAAACUUGCACUUUUUGCAUCCCCGCGCGGUGCAUCGUCCACGUCGCGGGCGCAGGGGCCAGUUGAGGUGAUACCUCAUUGGCUGGUGUGACCCCCGCAGGCCCGCCACCUCCCAGGUGGGCCCAGAUUGGCUGGAACUACACUGACGGCUAUUGGGGAGAAAAUGGCCGCCACCGCCACCCCCAGCUGAAGAGCUAAGGCCUACUGUUUCCUCCUCCACUUCCCUAACGUCACUGUUCAUUGCUUCGUUGUGAACCGUGAUUCCCGCCAACCGAUUUGCUUUAGAGUACUAUGGCAAUGCAUGAUAUGAGUCGUGCCAAGGGUUUCCCCUGUAAAGAGUGUGAUAUGGUUUGCCCGAGUACUCCAAGUCUUCUAGAGCAUAUGAAAGCACAUUAUCAGCAAGAAGAGACCGGACGUUUUGAGUGUGAACAGUGUGGCCGAAUUUACAAGCACGCAGCUAGCCUAGCUAAUCAUAAAAAAUCUCACGAAGUGGGUUCAUUCCAGUGUCCUGUUUGUACCCGGACCCUCCCCAACGCAGUAGCUUUGAAGAACCACUUACGUAUCCAUACACUGUCCCCCAGUAGUGCGCACACAGAAGAAGAAAGCGAAGAAGUACCUGAAGAAGCAGGCCACGACGAGAGGGACUACGGCCUCGCCCAAGACCUCUCAGACGGGUUUGGGCGCUCACAUUUGAACAAUAGUGGUAUGGGACAUAGUGUCCUACAAGGCCACGAGACAGACGACCACGGAAAAAAAGGCUCCCCGGAGUCCGACGACGCUUGGGACAGACCAUUCAAGUGUGAUCAGUGUGACAGAACCUACCGGCACCACGGUAGCUUGGUGAACCACAAGAAGUGUCACCAGCAAGGAACUUUCAAGUGCUCUGUGUGUUUUAAACAAUUUAGCAACCUGGCUGCCCUAAACAGCCACGAGAGAACUCACUCGAAGUUCAAGACCCCCGGGGCAUCCAUGGUGAGCAGCAGCAGUAGCAGCAGCAGCCUCCACGACUCGGAGCGCAGCAGUGGCACCCAGUCAUCCCAGGGCGACGACACUGCUUCCUGUUUCUGCCACCUGUGCCAGGUAGCGCUGCCGAAUAAAACAGACUUUCAGGAGCACAUCCUGCUUCACAACUCGGCUUCGCCUUCCCUCGGACUCCCACGCAGUUUCCCAGGCAUCAUGCCGCACAAUCUGAGUGCGGUUCGAUCCCCGGCUUACACCCCUGCCCUGGGGGACCCUCUGCCUCUCCCACCUCUGCCCAGUGACAAAAGAGGUCCCUAUGACCCCAUAAUGGGUCCUCCAGUCAACAAUCCCAUCUAUACAUGUGCAUACUGUGGAGCAGGACACCCAGAUCUGGACACCUUGAAAGUCCACUAUCUGACUCAUGACCCCCACCCUGGCUCCCAUGGCCAGGACAGCUCCAUCCUCAACUCCGACACACUAAGCUCUGGAUCACAGGGCUCUGUGUCUUCUCCCUCUGGAGGCCGUGUGCCUCAGGCCAAUUCUCCAGAUGAUGGUGAGCGCCGCUUUAAGUGUGGGGAGUGUGGCAAGAGCUACCGGCAUGCAGGAAGCCUGGUCAACCACAAACGCUGCCAUCAGACAGGCCACUACCAGUGCACUAUCUGCUGUAAGCAGUACCCUCACUUGGCAGCACUACAUAGCCACCUACGAAGUCACAAGGGGCGUCCCUCAAACCAGCCUAUUGGUAACGACAGCAAUGACUGGCUAUCUCCAGAGCCGCUAACUCUGGACUCCCAGCAGAGCUAUGUCCAGGAAGGCAGCGGUGCCACCACUCCAAUCUCUUUGCCAGGAAACCUUGGUGAUGCUGCCCACUUUGUGCCAGAUGGUGGCCACAGCAGUGGGUUGGACUCUCUUGAGUUCCACGAUCGCUUUGAUGGCAGCUCACUUUCCCAGAGCAACUCUGCUCACCGUCAGGCCGAUAGACAUGUGUGUGCCGACUGCGGUGAGAUGUAUGGAGACGUAUCUGGCAUCAAGUCGCACAUGUGUCCCCGCCGUGGCCAGCAGCCGCAGCAGAGCAACAUGUCUAACGGUUUUAUGGGGAACAUGAACUACCACGGCUCCAGUGGUGGAACUGCCUUGCCUGCUGGGAGUUCCAGCAGCCUGAAAGAAGGCAGCAGCCAACGGCAAUACUCCCAGAGUGGAGGCAAGAGAAUGGGGAGCAAUGAUAAAGAUGACGAUGAUGAUGGAGAAGUCUAUCAGUGCUCGGUGUGUGGCAACCACUACGCUAGCCUCAGAGCCCUCAGGAGCCACCUGCGUAGCCAUGCCAAUAACCCAACAGGGGCAGGACCUUCCAACCUAGAGCAGGAGUGGAGGAUGAUCUGCUCCACCUGUGGUCAGAGCUUCGCCAGGAAGCAGGACCUCUUGAAUCACCAGUUAGUCCAUGGCCCCCAAAGGCCGGACAGCCAGCAACAGGCUAUUGGAAGCAGCUCAGCUAAUGGCAAUGACAAGAUGGAUGGACGCAACCACAUUUGUGUUGACUGUGGCAUGUUUUUUGCUGACCGCCACCACCUGAUAACUCACCUGUGCCCUGGAAAAAAUCGGGCCAGCUCACUGAGCAAACAGGGCAUGAACGGAGCCAAAGGGAUGUCUGGAGGCGAUGGCGUCGGCGGCGGGGUUGCUGGAGGAAGCCGUGACGUUGGUGGCGAUGGACGUAGGCCUAUGGUUGACCAAAGUGACAAGCCCCACAAGUGUGACCAAUGUGGACGUGGAUACAGACACCCCUGCUCACUCCUUAACCACAAGAAGUCCCACAAGACUGGGGUUUUCCGCUGCUUGGUGUGCCAGAAACGCUACUACAAUCUACUGGCUCUCAAGAAUCACCAAAGGACCCACUUUGAUCUAAAGAGGCACAAGUGUGAGGAAUGCGGCAAGGCUUUCAAGAUCCAAAAGCAGCUGAUCAACCACCUCCGUCUCCACGAGGAGCACCGGGCCAAAGGUCUUGUUCGGACCGGCCCCAACGGUUCCCGCUUCCAGCAGCCUGGCCCAUCUCAAAUGCAGACUAUGAGAGGGGAGUCGUCAAAGGGCCAGGUAAUGGGCGUGAAAUACAGCCACCAAGGAUUCAAAAAGCCCUACUCUUCAGCUGGAACGUCCAGGCCCCAGAAGUUUGACCCAGCUGAAACUGGACGGCGGCCUUUUUCAUGUGAAGAAUGUGGAAAGACAUACCGCCAUGCAGGCAGCCUGGCUAAUCACAAAAACCUUCACAAAAUUGGGGAGUACCACUGCAACGUUUGCAACUCCACAUACCCCAACAGGCUGGCAAUGAAAAACCACCUGCGCCUCCAUUUUGCCCAGAAAAAGCACAACUGCCAAGAGUGCGGCAAGGGCUUCCGCACCCAGAGGCAGCUAGCUACCCACACUACAGCUGGCCUGUGCAAAGGCCCGCAGGGCCCCGGUGCCCAGAUGGAUUUUGAGUGUGAUGGCUGCUGUGAAGGCUUUGCCACAGCUGAUGAGCUCGCAGCCCACGACUGCCCAGCCCAGCACCUGCCUUCGUCCUCCUCCACCAACAGCUCCACCAACAUCAGCAUGGAGAGAAGCUCCGUGGACCUGGACUCGGACGAGAGACCCUACGCCUGUGACCUGUGCAGCUGCGCCUACAAACACGCGAGCUCCUUGCUGAACCACAAGCACACCCACAAGACGGGCAACUUCCGGUGCAACUUCUGCGACAAGCCCUACACCAAUUACAUGGCGCUACGAAACCACAUGCGCAUUCACACGCAGCGGAAGAAGCACAUCUGCCACACAUGUGGGAAAGCCUUCCGGCUGGCCAGGUUCCUUCGCAACCACCAGAAGGUCCACGAGGAGGGUGCUACCCCCUUCGGCUGCCCCACCUGUGGGAAGAGUUUCCAGGGGAGAUCCGGUCUGGCCAGGCACCGCUGCGGGGACAACCAGGUAGGCAUGGAAGUCAGGAGGAAGGCCGCUGCACCCCCGGGAGAGGGCGAAGAGUGUCGGUACACAUGUGAUCAGUGUGGCCGCUCCUACCGCCAUGCCAGCUCCCUCCUCAACCACAAGAACACCCACACUGUCGGCAUCUACCACUGCGCCGUGUGCCUCAAGACCUACUCCAACCUGCUCGCCCUGAAGAACCACCGCCGUAUCCACUCUGAGACACGGCGCCACCGUUGCCACGACUGCGGCAAGGCCUUCCGUGUUUCCUCCCAGCUCUACAACCACCGACGCGUCCACCAGAAGCAACGGGAACUGACCUGCAGGUCCUGCCAACGAGCCUUUCCUACGCAUGCCAGCUUCAGGCUCCACAUGGAGAUCACCCAUGGCCAGGCGCCGCAGCCCCGCCAGCCCAGACCCCAGCAGCCCCGACCGGGGGGCUCCCAGGAGCUGGGCUGGGGGUCAGGCCUAGACCUCACCUUGAUGCAAGAGCAAGGACUCGACCCCAGCAGCAUGACCAAAGCCCGCAGCCGUGGGGGCAGCACUGAGGUUAUCAAGUCCCACGUCUGUGACCAGUGUGGGCGGUCUUACCGCCACGCCAGCUCCCUGCUCAACCACAAGAACAGCCACAAGACCGGGACCUACUUCUGCAAUUCCUGCCAGAAGGAGUUCCCCAACCUGAUGUCCCUCAAGAACCACAGACGGAUCCACACCGAGCCCAAACGCUACCAGUGCCCCGACUGCGGCAAGUCGUUCCGGGUGUCCACCCAACUCAUCUGCCACCGCCGCAUCCACACCAAGGAGAAACCGUUCUCCUGCCAGCAGUGUGACAAGCGCUUCUCCUCCAAGUCCAACCUGAGGCACCACAUGAAGGUGCACUGGAGCAACUCGACGGCGCCCCCUCCCAUGGCCAUGGGUGCGCCCAACUUCCUGGAUCUGAGUUCGGGGGGUUCGACCAGCAGCUCCAGGAGCUUCGUCUGCAGUCAGUGUGGGCGGUCUUACCGCCACGCCAGCUCCCUGCUCAACCACAAGAACAGCCACAAGACCGGGACCUACUUCUGCAACCACUGCCAGAAGGAGUUCCCCAACCUGAUGUCCCUCAAGAACCACAGACGGAUCCACACCGAGCCCAAGCGCUACCGGUGCCCGGACUGCGGAAAGUCCUUCCGGGUGUCCACGGCGCUUAUCUGCCACCGCCGCAUCCACACCAAGGAGAAGCCGUUCUCCUGCCAGCAGUGUGACAAGAGCUUCUCGUCCCGGUCCAACCUGAGGCACCACAUGAAGGUGCACUGGAGGGGUCCGCCACUGUCCAGAGGGAGGUCAUCCGCCUUCCUCACCGUCGCCUCCAGACCUUUCAUCUAAAUCUAAACCUCACUGGUCUUUCUGAAACAGACUUCCCCGGACCGCGUGGUCUCCUGAGGAACACCAUGUGGAGGUUUUGGUCUGUGGGUUCGGGUUUAAAUUUUAUCAGAGACUGAACACCUGAUAUCAUUAUAUCACUGAGAUAUUUCACCUGAAAACCAUCAGUCUGAAUUUAUCAGUUUUAAGUUCCCCUCUUCGAGGUUUUUCCUGGUUCCUGACGUGAAACAAAAGAAGUUCGAAAAUAUCUUUUUCUGUGAACAAAAGACAAAGUCGACUGCGACUCCCAUGGUGCAUUUCACUGUCAAACAGCCGAUCACAGAGCUUCAUAUACUGCUGUGUGUUCAAUAACAACAAGCUAAAUUUAAAUUGCGUUUGGAAAACUGAUUAUUUCAACGUGAUUCAUUCUCAUUGCAUUUAAAAUUCUCUCUGAUUGAUGGUUUAUCUCCAUAGCAACAGCAGCUGAGGCUCAUGGGUAUUUAGAGACAGACAAAAACACAAUUUAUCAGAAAACAAGGGUCAGUUAUUCAAACUUCCAAUCACUUUCACGACUACAGUAUAAGUCUCUCUUUUUUGGAUCGGGUGACGUUCUGAUCAGUUCCAUUCAGUUUUGAUAUUCAGCUUUUACCUUGAAUUUUGGCAUCUGAAUCUGAUAAACUAGAGUUUAUUUACUUGAAUGUUUUGAUCCGAGUCGUGUUAUUGCCCUAUGUGCUAAUAACGGAUUUCAGUGAUGUCAUGUUGUUUUUUCAGGAUGAUGUGUAACUCUGGUGCAUUUACAGCAGUGGCAACGUCUCGGAUAUUAAAUCAACAAAUAAAUAUAUAGAAACUAAAUGUAGCAGUUUGAAUAGAUAUUAUAGUUUUAUCAUGAUCGUUUUUUAUCAACAAGUCCCCCAACCUAAACGACAGCAUAUAUCGUUUUAUCCAUCCCAAAACGACACAUAUGAGCAUUAAACACUGUGAACGAGCGCUUUCACCACUAAUGUUGUGAAACGGUCACACUUUGGUUACGUUUAUGAAAAACAUUGUGGUUUGGGUCAAAAUAAGUACAUUAUAUAAGUCACGUGACACAAGUCAGUUAAAACUGGUCUCCUAAGUAAGUCCAGUGUUUCAGCCAUCCAACCACCCCGUUCUACCUCCUUAUGCGGACUCCCUGCCUAUUUAUAAUACGUCACCCGACGUCCUCCUUUGCUACCGUCAUAUUACCACUAGAGGUCGUUGCCACAAUAAAAGUAAAUAUGGGUCGUCAUAACGUGCUGCACAAACAACAUAUAGUUUCAAGUCCAAACCAUAUAAAUUCAGAUUGAUGGUUGACGAACGAAUUUUGGAAUUAAAUUUCAACAUGAUGUGUUUUAGCAGUUAUUUAGGUUUUCAGUGAGUUAUUCAGUUUCUUACAUGAUUCAGAUCCUUUCAUGAGCAGGAAACCUGGAAGCUGAAGCUCUUCUCUUCAUGGAAACUUAAAUGUGCGUUUUUUUUCUCUGACUUUGUGAAGCUCUCUGAGUUUCUCUCCGUCGAUGAUGAACGGCACUCGGAGGCUUAGCUGAACGGGUCUGAACACUUUUACACUCUGAGUGAAGCGGCAUAUUGCGUCGUCGUUGUCGUCACUUCCUCCUGAUGAACUGAGCUCGCCGGGUGUUUAAGUAGAUAUCAGACUUUAUCUAUUGGGAUAUAUUUUAGGUUUAAAGACGUCAGAGUGGAUGAUGGGUCUUCUAUUGUUUCCACUACCUCUUCCUCUAAUCUUGGUGUACUAGCUCCUAUUUGUUCCUCUCAUGUAAUCCUGAUUUUCUGUUUUAUGCUCUGGUUUCACGCCAUUGAACGAAGCGAAGAGUGUUGUUGUUGUAGAGUCAAGAAGCAGAAACAUUUUAAACCCGUGGAAGCGUCUUUUUCCUCGGCGUCACGCUGUCUGGAGCGAGACCAUUCAGAUCUCAGCAGCUGUAAAUGCAAAGAAGCAUAGAUCAGAUGAUAUUUAUCAGAAAACAUGUCCAGAUACAGAUCACAUGUGAAGGCCAGGUGAAGACAGGGCCUUCGUAAAACUUGUCCAGAGGGAAAAUAGAGGAAAUGAAAGCAAGGAUUCUUUUUUUUAGAUGAUCUUUGAGUGAAAACAACAGCUCAUUUCAUUCAUAUAAACUCUCUUUCCUCUGACAGACUGUAAGACUUCACAGCGUCUCUUCAGACUGAAACUUAAAACGUUAACUUCUAACAAACUCUGGAGUGGAGGAACAAAGCGAAGAUGAACAGAGGACGUCGACACGGACAAACAUGAGGAGAUUCUGUUUUUUACACUACGGAGGAUAAACAGUGUUCCUUCCUCUUCUUCUGUUAGCAUUCAAGACUCAUAACGUACAGACGUAAAGCAGAGAAAAAACUGGGAAAAUGUAGUUUCAUGGGUGUUUGGACGCCUUCAGGUCAGCAAAGGAACUGUGAACUUAGCUGCCCUGAUGGGAAUCAUCAUCAUCCUCCGAAGGACUGUCGAGAUCAGAACCUCAACACUCAGACUGUUUUUAACUUCAACACCAAAAUCAAACCAUCAACACGGAAGUCCAUUUAUGUCAUGUGGGGAAAAAAACUAUCAUAUGUUUUUUAUUCACUAUUAAGUGUUUCUGAAUCUUGUAAAUAUAAAAAAGUUAAGUGUAAAGUUUCAGUAUUUGUAGAACACUUUGAAACUGCCUCCUGGAUGAACUGCAGGAGCUAAUUAUGACAAACUCUCAUAAAUAUGAGAAACGGCAUCAUAAUUAUGACGCAACUGAGUUUCUUAAUCAGUAGAUAUUAUCUAGUAAUUAUGCCUACUAUGUUGCGAUUAUAGUUGAAUUUCUCAUUGCUAUGAUAUUAGAAACCUUUUCAUAAUUAUACUGAGUCAAAUUUGAAGUAUCUCAUUAUUAUGAGAUAAUAAUGAGAUACAUAAUAAUGACAAACUAAUUAUCACAUAGUUUUAUUUAUGAUGAGAAACUUUCUCAUAAUUAUAUGAUACAGAGUAUGAGAUAGUUAUUACAAACUCUUUAUAUAUACUCUUUAUCUCAUAAUUUAUGAUCCUUUUUAUGAGAAAAUAAAUAGUCAAAUCUAUGAGGUGCAAUCUCAUGUUGCAAGUAUGAGGAACAUUUAUAAUGAGAAACACAAUUCAGUUUCUUAAUCAUUAGAUAUUAUCUAGUAAUAAUGAGAAACUCAUAUUUAUGGCAAUCUAUGACCACUAUUUUAUGAUUCUGACAAAAUUUGCUAUGAUAUUUCAUGAGAAACCUCACAGUUAUAAGAUUCAGAGUCAUAAUUAUAAAUUAAUAAUUAUGAUGAGAUAUUAUCUCAAGAAACUAAUUAUCACUUUGUUCUAUUUAUGAUGAAAUCGUAUGUAAUAAUUAUGAGAAACCUUCUCAUAAUUAUGAGCUACCGAGGGUGAGAUACUCAUAGUUAUUACAAACUCUGUCAUAAUGAGAAACAUCUGAGAAUCUGAAUGAUGAGAUUGUAUCUCAUCAUUUUGACUUGGCAUCUAAAACUGAAAAAACAAGUUUCUCUUCUUUAUGAGAAAGUUUCUCAUAGUUGGUAGAUACUAUCUCGUAAUCACGAGAAGCUUAUUUUAAUUAUGAAGUACUCAGUCAUACUAACUCAGUACUUGAAGAAACAUCCUGUUAUCUGCGAGAUAGUAUCUAUUAGUCAUAAUUUAUAGAUACUUUAUCUCACAAGUAUUAGAAAGUUUCUCCAAACUCUGAGAGUAGAAGUCAUUAUUAUGAGAAAAACCUAACACUUAACAAUGAAAGAAAAACUUAGCUGGUGGAUUUGUUCUUCAAAAUGUGGAAAUAGACUUCCAUAACCAGCUGUUCUACAAGACGACCAAAAAACUGGGACUCUUGUGACGUUCUCAUCGGAUCUCUCACAGACUUCAUUUAUCAUGGAUUUCUUUCACAAAGCUGAUGUCGGGAGCCAUGUAGCUUUGUCUCUGAAGAAACUCACCAAAUACAGACUUCAGGUUCGUCUGACAGCGGCCUGUUGACCAGCAACGUUCCUCAUCAGGAGAGUUUGUAACAUCACGGAUUUAUCCUGCCUCCGUCUUCUUCACCGUCUUGUACUCAGUUGGUUUUUAGGACACCUGUAUUUUCUGACUCUGUGCCUGACAGCUCACAUAUAUAGAUAGUUUAAAGGGUUGUGGUACAAACUAAAAAGAAGUAGAAUUUAUAAAGGUAAUGAUGUGAUGAUGCUUUUGCUUACUUGGUCACAAUCUGCAGCUGAUUUCACUCAAACGAAACGCUUUCAGCUCUAAAAUACUUACAUGACGUGUGGGUUGAGGGUCAUAGUUCAGUGUUGUUUCUACACUUCAGAUCUGGUUUAUCAGAUGAAAUUAUAAAGAGUUCUCCAAAAAAAGUGACAUACAACUGCAGGUCAUUGUGACAGCCAUUUUGUCUCCUUUCUAAAUAAUGUAUUUUGUAAAUAUGACAAUGUUUUCUCAUACUCUUCGCAACUAUGAGAAUCAAAAAGUUAUACUAUCUCCAGCACAAUAUCUGUGAAGCUUCUGAGUCAUCCAGGUCUUAGGUAUCCAAGGAAGGUUAAAAUCAAGGGCAACUGGACUUGGUUGAAGACACUUGAAGACGUUUCGCCUCUCAUCCAAGAGGCCUUUUCGAGCCUGGUCUCAUCCCAGGGCGUCAAAUACCGAUGCUUUGAGAAAGCCUGACAAAUUGUUCGUAUUUGAAACACAAGGUAUCUUUCAGCGUCCGUAUGAAAUGCACUGGGCUUUCAAGUAACACACUCACCAAGCAACCAUAGUUUUGGUGCCUAAACCUAACCAAAACCAUGAUCUUUUCCUAAACCUUACCAAACUGCAUCGAUUCCACAUAUUAAAAACGCGUCUUGUACAAAUGCUGAAGGGUACUUUGUGCGUCAAAUACUGAUGCCUUUUCAGGCUUUCUCAAAGCGUCGGUAUUUGAAGCGAGAUGAGAACAUGUUGGCUUCUUCAAUUCUGACUGACUGGCAGGAAGUUGUGGUCGUUGGAGUCACCUGAGGCCAAAUGUGAGUGUUUAGUGUCCUGGGGAGAGAUGAACCACUGGGAGGACAGAUGGUUCGAAAGAGGAUUGAAAGAGGCCAUUUACACCAGAAUAGAGAGACCGUCACUGAACAGAGGAGGUCUGAGACACCACUUAUCCCCCACCUACAAUGCUGUCCUUUCAUUUCUUCCCAGUAAAACAAAUACUCACAUGUGACCUCAUGUGACAAUGCUAACAACAGUCGUUUAAACUUGGCUUCAGGUGACUCUAACCACCACAACGACGGUCGUUACAACAGUCAGGAGCACUGACGAACCGGGCGGUAUCCAUCACCUCGAUAACGACCCCACAGAGGUUAAAUAGCUGGGACUCCCUGCCAGUCAGUCAGAACUGAAGAAGCCUCUUGGAUGAGAGUUGAAACGUCUUUGAGAAUCUUCAACAAAGUCCAGUUGCCCUUGAUAUUAACCUUCCUUGGAUAUAUCAUACAAAAUUCUCAGAAUUAGUAAUUAUGAGAACAAUUUUUAAAUUAUGAGAUCUGCAUCUCCAGAGAUCUGUGAAAAACAGUAAAAAUUCUCAUAAUUAUGUGAACGAGAAAACGUUUCCAUAUCUUUAUCUGGUAAUUAUGAGAUGAGUCUUUGUUGAAUGCAUUAUGCUUACGUUCAUUCCUGACAGCCUCGAUUUAGGGGUUAAGUUAAAAGUUGUUAAGCCGUGUCAGUUUAAAGAACAUUUUCCUCCUGGUUUAAUUUGAUUAGAAAAAAUGUCAAAUUAGUUUUAGAUUUAUCUGCGUCGGCAUUCACAUGGUCCAAAUAAUCAGGUUAAUUUUAGUUGGGGAUGCAAAAUGGCGCAGCAGAAAGGGACUUGUAGAGACAUAGCAGUAGACUCUGUGCUGUUUGGUUAGAUGAUGUAUUGUCAUUGUACCUCUAUAUCAUAACCUCUGUAUGACCUUUUAUAUACAAAACAAAUAACUGUAGAAUACAUGUAUUUAUAUCUACUUGUGAUGAACUGAUGUUAACGAGAGUGUCAACUGACAAGCAGCUGACAGUGAGAAAUGGUUUGUUGCAAAAAAUCACUAAAUCUAAAAUGUCAGGCUCUCAGAACAUCAUCGCAUCGCUUCCUGCGCAUUUUCUUCUUCUUGAUGGUUCUUAUUGUCCUCUACAGUUUUUAAUAAAA